GCCCUCUUGUCUCUGGGAAAUGGAACUUCUGCUUUGGACUGAGGACGGCCAGCUCCCGGCUCCUGGUCCCACUGCUGCCCAGCCCAGCGGCAUCACAGGACGCCAGGUUCCCAGGGAGCUGCUGAGACAGUGCCGUGAUGAAGUCCCAGAGGGGCAGCGGCCUGGUACUGCUGCUGUUGCUGCUCCUAUGUCUGCUCCCUGUCUCCCCGGCCCAGAGCACCUGCACUGGGCAGCCACGCAUCCCUGGCAUCCCAGGCAUCCCCGGGGCACCAGGUCCUGAUGGCAAACCUGGGACCCCAGGGAUAAAGGGAGAGAAAGGGCUGCCAGGGCUACCUGGAGACCGUGGCGAGUUUGGAGAGAAGGGGGAUCCAGGAUUUCCCGGGAUUCCAGGAAAAGUGGGCCCCAAGGGCCCUGUUGGUCCCAAAGGUGCCCCAGGGCCCCCCGGAGCCCGUGGCCCCAAGGGUGAAUCAGGAGACUAUAAGGCCACGCAGAAAAUUGCCUUCUCCGCCAAGCGCACCGUGAACACCCCCGUGCGGCAGGAUCAGGCCAUCCGCUUUGACCAAAUAAUCACCAACGCCAACAGGAACUACGAGCCUCGAAACGGCAAGUUCACCUGCACGGUGCCUGGCCUCUACUAUUUCACCUACCAUGCCAGCUCUCGAGGGAACCUGUGCAUGAACCUAAUCCGGGGCCGAGAGCAGAUGCAGAAGGUGGUCACCUUCUGCGACUACGCCCUCAACACCUUCCAGGUCACCACAGGCAGUAUCGUCCUCAAGCUGGAGAUGGGGGAGAGUGUCUACCUGCAGGCCAACGACAAGAACUCCCUGCUGGGCAUCGACGGCGCCAACAGCAUCUUCUCUGGGUUCCUGCUCUUUCCAGACACAGAGGUGUGAACUGUGGGGCUGAUUCAUUCCCUCCCCUGCCAGCCAUGCUCACUUUACCCCCAACACUUCCCCCAACCCGGCCAAAGCACACAGUAGGGCUCCAUGGAUGUUGCUGAAUAAAUGAGUAAAUAAACUUAUCAAGGCCAAGGGA